GAAUCAAGAAAGGCAAAAAAAUUUGCUGUCUUUCUUCCACGGUUGAUCUUCAUCUAAACGCAACCCAUUAAACCCAUAAACAAUCACAAAGUUAAGAAUCGAUCUAUAAUGUUACCCAGAAAACCCAACAUUGUUCAGAAAGCGAAGAAUAAAAAAGGAUCUUCAAAUAUCCUGACUUGGUGGAAGUUGGUUUCUUCAAAUCAGUGUUUGACAGAAAAAAGGAAAAGGAAAAUUUCUUUUGUAUGGUGGCAGAAAACAGAGGAAGCAAAAGGGGUUGAUUUUGAUUUUGGGGAGUAAAUUGAUGUUUUUGGGUUUCGGUCAAAAGAUCUUUUACGAUUUUUUUUUCUAGGAAUUGGUAAAGGGAAAAAAGACUUGGCCGAUCAAUAACUAGAAAUGGUGGUGGCGCACGGCAACCCGGUGAUAGGCGGCGAUAAGCGGCAAAUCAGCGACGGAACUUGCCACUGAAGGUUCAGACGAUAAGGAGAUGUGUAAGGAAGUACGAACUCAGAAGAACCUUGGGUUAAGGGAGUUUUGCAAAGGUUAAGUUCGCUAAGAAUGUUGAGACCUGCGAGUAUGUGGCUAUUAAAAUCCUGGACCGUGACCAAGUUUUGUGUCACCGAAUGGUCGAACAGCUAAAGAGAGAAAUAUCAACUAUAAAGCUUAUCAAGCAUCCCAAUGUUAUUAAGAUAUACGAGGUUAUGGCAAGCAAGACAAAGAUUUAUAUCGUGAUCAAGUUUGUUGAUGGAUGCAAGCUUUUCCACAAAAUUGCCAAGCGCAGAAAACUCAAAGAGGACGAGGCUAGUAGCUAUUUCCUUUAGCUUAUUAGUGCUGUUGAUUACUGCCAUAGUAGAGGCGUCUACCAUAGAGAUUUGAAGGUUUGGAGUUUCUCUUUAUUAACUGAUUAAUGAGUUGUUUCAAAGUUUUUGACUUGGGAAAUUGGAGAAGUUUCUUCAAUGUGGGUUCUACUUCCUAAUUCAUACGUAAUCAUCCAUAUUCCUUUUUUGCAGCCUGAGAAUCUUCUUCUAGAUUCCUAUGGUGUUCUUAAAGUUUUAGAUUUUGGAUUGAGUGCUUUCUCAGAGCAAGUUCGAGUUCAAGCAGUUGCUUCGAAUCAUCAUUUGCCACAGUUUUUUAGUGGAUCUUUUGAUCGUUCAAUUGUCAUGAAGGAUGGGGGAGUACCAUCUCAUUCUGGUUUUAAGUGGUCCUUCACUGCUGAGGUUGAAUGUCUGGCGUGGGAUCCACACACUGAUUACUCAUCCAUGCUCCUUGCAACUAGAUCCAUGGAUGAAAAGAUUUGGGAUACAUUAUCUGAGACAACCGUCAGCAGGAAAAUUUGGUGGAGAAUAUUGUGGUUAUUGGAUAUAGCUGCUGUGGUGGUAUCAAAGGGCCCAUGUCUAUUCCAGACGAUGAAACCACUGCUAGAUACUUUAGCAUAUAAAGGAUGCCUGAACAAAUUGAAGACUAAUGAAGGAGGCAUUGAAUGUAUUUCUAGGAAACCUAUUGACAUAUUCAUUUGUGAGAGAGACUGUGGCGAAGAACACCAUUAUCUUGAAAGUUAG